UGAAAACACAACAAGAUGUCUCACUUCCACGGUGUGAAGUGAUCAAUAUAAUUCAAUCGUAACAAGUAUGGACAAACUUAGGAGUGUUUUGCCUCCAAAAUGUUGUGUGUUACAAACUGGAUCCUCAUCCUUUACUGAUAAAACGCCGGUUCCGAUCAUGUGCACACGGGCACAUCGAACGUCCGUUGACAACACCAACAGGUCAAAUUCUUCACCAACGUUUUUUCACUGCAGAAACGGAAUAACCUCAAACGUUCUCGAUGAUAUUGAAACUGACGCAAUAUCAUACAGAGACCAGGAAACACUAUACAAUGAAACUAACAAUGAAACUAGUCUCCCGCCAUUAUGUUGUCGAAACACAGACGGAACGACAACGAACACUCGAAGUGCGCUAUCAGGUGCUGCUAAAACAUACAACAGCCCAGACACCUCUGAAGUCACAACAAACGAUGUACCAUUGCCAACGUGGUGUUGUCAAAACCAAGAAGGAACAACAAGUACCCUGAGUGCGUUAACAGUUGAAGCCACUAGAUACAGGUAUGAGGAUUGGUAUACCGUCAAAUCUCUCUACCUUCAGUCGAACACUGCAACUACGUGUAGCUCUGUCGACACUCAUACCUUGAACGCAAGGAUGGAAAACUUGGAAAUGGCCCUUAAUUUACUGCAAAAUAACUACAAACGUAUGGAACAGACAAUGAAUCAACAAGUUGAAAAGGUCGUUGAAAUUUUAGCAAAUGAUAUUAAUAAAGGGGAUAAUAUAAAACUGUUUAUGAAUUAUAAUGAGAAGGACUUUACCAAGAUAAGAAACAAAAGACUGAAAGAUGCAGUACAAUUCAUGACGAAUAGUUCGAGAACAAUGAGGAAUGCAUUGAUGCAACAAACAUCGGCGAUUAAGAAACUGAGUCAUGCUCACCAACGGACAAAGACGCCUAAAAUGGGCAAACGAGAAAUAGACAGCCAUGUUUGUCAAUGGUUAGGGAUCGAUGGAAGACGAGCAGUAAUUACAGAAACACCACAAACGGUUACAACAUGUACAACGAACUUAAAUCAUUUAAAAGAUGAUAAUGAUGAUAUGAGUAUUGCCGCUCCGACACCCUGUUUGAACGGAACAAGACAGGUCAUUCAUUGUAAUACCGGAAGUAUAAAAAUAGACAAACAAGAAUACUUAACUACGGGUGAUAGAAAUAACAAUAAUUACAUUCAUUCAAAUGACAAAAGAACACAAGCUAGUUCAGACAGAAUUCAUGUAAGGCGUCCAUUGUUUUGCGACCAAAAAGGAAUAUAUGUGUGAGUCUUCCUCUACCGCAAGUUCAUAAUUUUCAUAUUUAUUAUUGAAAAGCUGAAUCAUUUGCAACUUUCGGGCAUUCAUUUGAUAUUGCAUUCCAGUUUGAUAUGCUUUACAUGCACUAUUCAUUGUACAUACUGUAUAAAACCAACUUAUUU